CGUGAAGGCAUCUAGUGUCAAGGAUAAUGGGAGGUCCUACUUAUGAAGUGGCUUCAACCCAGUGAUGUGUUGCAAUUACAGCAGGUUGCCAGCGAAGACUCGUCCACAGUUCUCAUGUUUGACCGCUGUGAAAAGGCAGGAUACUUCCUCCUGUAAACCUUAAGUGAGGGUGUUGAGUGUCUGUCAGCCUGCAGCAGCUCAGUCUCAAUAGCUCUCAGCAGGUCUCCCUUUGGGUGAGGUGUUCUCUCUGACAUUGUCAUCUCAGCCUCUCAGAGGCUGUGCUUCCAAAGGCCUUCACUCUCCCAGCCCCUAAACGUCUGUCCUCAUGGGGGAGGUGGUGCAGAUGCACUUCACCACGGUGGACUAUGUCAUUUUUGCCUUGCUGCUGGUGGCCUCAGCUGGCAUUGGCCUCUUUUAUGCCUUCUCUGGGGGGCGCCAGCGCACAACACAGGAGUUCCUGAUGGCUGACCGCUCAAUGAGCUGCCUGCCUGUGUCCCUCUCCCUGCUGGCCACGUUUCAGUCAGCUGUGGCCAUCCUGGGUGCUCCAUCUGAGGUGUACACAUUUGGGACAGAGUACUGGUUUCUGGGAUGCUCCUAUUUCCUGGGUCUUCUCAUUCCAGCUCAUGUAUUCAUACCAGUCUUCUACAGACUGCGACUGUCCAGUGCUUACGAGUAUCUGGAACUGCGAUUUAACAAGACUGUUCGCAUAUGUGGGACUGCGACCUUCAUCUUUCAGAUGGUCAUUUAUAUGGGGGUAGUCUUAUAUGCUCCAGCACUAGCUCUUAAUGCAGUGACAGGAUUUGACCUAUGGGGGGCAGUGCUGGCUAUGGGAUUGGUGUGCACUCUGUAUACUGCUUUGGGGGGGCUGAAAGCAGUGAUGUGGACCGACGUGUUCCAGACGGUGGUCAUGUUUGCGGGCCAACUGGCAGUCAUCGUGGUGGGGACUAGUCAGGCAGGAGGAAUAGCAGAGGUCUGGAGGAAAGCCAUCAACGGUAGCCGUAUUUCUGGACUAGACCUGAACCCCAACCCUCUGGAGCGCCACACCUUCUGGACACUUGGUGUUGGGGGGGUCUUUCUGAUGUUGGCUCUGUACGGUGUGAACCAAGCCCAGGUCCAGAGAUACCUCAGUUCCCGCACAGAGAAAGAAGCUGUCAUGUCCUGCUACGUAGUCUUUCCAUGCCAGCAGGUUGUCCUGUGUUUAGGAUGUCUGAUGGGUCUGGUCAUGUUUGCUCGCUAUGGAGAAGACAGCCCUCUGGAUAAGGGUUACGUCACGACUAAUGAUCAGAUGGUGCUGUACUUUGUGAUGGAUGUGUUCAGAGAUCUGCCUGGGCUUCCAGGGCUGUUUGUGGCCUGCCUCUUCAGUGGAGCGCUCAGCACUAUUUCGUCAGCCUUCAAUUCCUUAGCAACGGUAACUAUGGAGGACCUGAUUAAACCUCAUUUUCCAAAUAUGACUGAAAGCAAGGCCACGCUGCUGUCCAAAGGACUCGCCCUGGGUUAUGGUCUGGUGUGUCUGGCUAUGGCAUACAUUGCUUCUAUAAUGGGAUCUAUGCUGCAGGCAGCUUUCAGUAUCUUUGGCAUGGUUGGCGGACCCCUGCUGGGACUCUUCUGUUUGGGAAUGUUCUUCCCCUGGGCAAACCCCAUUGGUGCAGUGGUUGGGUUGGUAUCGGGCCUUGUCAUGGCUUUCUGGAUCGGCAUCGGGAGCUUUGUGAUGCGCAUGUCUGUUCCCACGCCAGCACCUGCACUCAACGCCACUGCUCUGCCACUGUUUGAUAACAUAACUACCACUGUCAUGACCACCACAGUCAAGUCAGGGUCAGCUGGUGUGAAGGCACUCUACUCAUUGUCCUACAUGUGGUACAGCGCUCAUAACUCAGCCACUGUGGUGGUGGUGGGACUGAUAGUUAGCCUGCUAACAGGGCCUAUGAAAGAGAAGGAGCUGACCCCGGGCACAGUGUACCCCGUCCUGGGCACGUUGCUCUUUUUUCUGCCCGACCGCUACAGAGAAAAGCUUUGCUGUAUCACUCCUCUGGCUCAGAAGCCCACACAAAUCAAGACACAGCCUUAUCAAAUGGCCCAAAAGGACCGCAACGGAGAAGCUUAUUCCAAAGAAGACACUGUCACAGAGGAGAAGGAGAUGGAGAGCGACAGAGCACAGACGGAGGAGGAAGACUCGGAGGAUUCGAGAACUCGGCCCUCGUGCCGGCUGACGGCUCACACGGUUCACACGGUUCAGGAGACAGCCUUGUGAUCCUCUUUUUCUUUUUUGAUGCACAAAUACACUUUCAGACCAACUGCUACUCUGUGCAGUCUCUCUCUCUUGGUGAGAAGUGCAACAGAUUAAGAAAAAAAAAAAAAAAAAAAAAAAUCAGCAAUGAUUCUGUGGCACUAAAUUUGAGUGUUGCUACUCACAAUUAUUUUUCUUAAACAACUUCAAAUGAGCUUCUGCCAGGCUGGAACUGAGCUUUGGAAGCACAGGCGUCAGCAGAACUCCACCGGUUAUUCUCCAUUUGUAACAGGCUUUUUAGACAUGUCCCCACAUGUUCAGUCUGAAGUAACAGACUUGGGCGACUUUCAUGUUUGUGCUCGACAAAAAACAGAGAAUCAGCUAGUUAACAGAUACUUAAUAUAAAAUGUGUUAUUUUUAUAGAGAUGCUGGAAGCACAAAUUCUAGAACAUGUACAAGAGAAAAUAAUAAAAGUAAAACAGACUGAACUUUAACAGAGGGCAUGACAGGUUUGUGCUUCUAUGAUAGUGUAGUGUCUUAACAGGACCUCAGUUUGAAUAGUCACCUUCUAGCUGCUAAUGUAGAUGUCUAAAUAUAAGUCCAUUAAAGUAGAGCUGCGAACUCUGAUGAGGGCAGAGAGGGAGUCUCCAGCUGGCAGUGAAAUUGGAUGGAGCUCAGUAAAUCCCUAACUUUACUCCAGUGUUCCUACACUGGGACAAUAUAACCUGUUCAGCGUAUUUAAAAGAGCCCAAUAUCAUCCAUAACCUUCACACAUUUAGCACUACUUUUAUGUUCCAGUUUAAAAUCCCAGUCAGUAAAUGCACUGAAUACUAAUUGUAGUAAGUAGUUGUUGUGCUCUGCUGCGUCAGAUACACAAAACUGCACAAACACUCCCAGCAUCCUUUUCUGAUGAGCUGCUUGAAGAGAUGCUGAUAAAUAUAGACAGUAGUUCAGUUUUUUCUCACGGUUUUAAUAUAAACUUUAAACUUGUCCAGAGAAGACUUUAAAUUUAAAAAUUUAAAUGUUUUGAAUUUGAUGCCAGCAACCAACCGACAAAAGACUAGAAAGCUUGUGUGAUGCAUGAAGAAAAACACACACCCACACGCCUCUAGCAGAACACCUCACAGUUAUCCAUCCAUUUUCUCCACUUACUGUGGGGGGACUGGAGCCUAGUUGCCAUAGGGCUAGAGGCAGAGCACACCCUGGACAUGUUGUCAGUUUGUUGCAGGGCUAACAAAAAACGACAGACUAUUUCGUAUCUUGCUGAGCUGCUUAUGAUGGUAACUCGGUUUGGUUUCAUUUUGUGUAGUUUUCCGGUGAGUGUGAUUGCACAUAUCCAGGUUUAUCUGUCAGGAUCUGUUGGAGUCCUGCUAAAGUGCCUCACUGAGUGAAUGUUUUAGCUGAACUCCUAUUAGCUGUGUUUCCAUGAGCUUUGCAUGUUUAAGCACAAGUAGCUCAGUGUAGUCCAUUACGGGAACUGUGGACCGUUCUCACAGUUGCUUAUAGAUUCACCUCUGCCCCCAUCUGAUGGCAGCACCGCUCCAAAGCCAUCAUGGACCACAAGAGAGUAACGUAAUGUAUUUAAAACUGAUGGAGUCGCUGCUUAGAACUUUGUGUCGAGCUUCUUUUAAGUGCCCGUUCUUUUAAAUUCAGGUUGCUGUCGUUGACAGUGUGUGAUUAACAUGAGUAAUAUUGUGUAUAGUUAAAUAUAUUUUCAUUAUCGUUGAAACUUUUUGGAAUCCCAGAAUUCUUGGCCAUCAUCAUUUAAGUGUUUGAAGUCAUGUCCUGGUGUUAGAUGUCUUUGCGUGUCCAAUGAUUCUCAGUCAGUACCGUCUGUGCUCUUCCAAAUGGACACAAGUUCAUUUAUUUGCCAUGUUUGCUCGGCCAAAGUAGUCUGGCAUGUUUCCAGAGAGUUCACUUGAAGCAUGUCUACACUGUUUACCCACAUCCCAUUUCAGUAGUCCAGAACUAAGACUUGGAUGUCUUGGUUGCCUUACGAAAUCCUGGAGUUAGUCCAACAAAGGAUAAGACAAAGGUUAGAGACUCAAGACCACCGUAACUCCUGUCUGAUGGAACUCUGGCCCUUGUAAGCAGCUGUCCGUUUACAGAACCAGCAUGUUUGUACCAUCAUCCCGAGACUUGAAUACCUUGAUUUAUCCAAAGCAUAUAGAAUAUGAAUUCAUUCUUUCUGAUGAUUUGUUUUCUGUUUUGUUUUUGGGGUUUUUUUACCAAUAGAACAUGUAUUUGAGGUCAUGUUUGUAUAUUUUUGUAAUUUCACACAAAGCCUAUCCACAUUUCUUGACAUGAAAUGUGGAAUUCUAUAUGCAAGAACCAUAAAAAGUUUUUUGUGAAUGUUCGGCAGAAGUGGGAUGUAAAAUACAUGUUGGUUUGUUUUAUGGAAAAAAAUGAUGUUUGUCAGGCUGUUGGUUGCUGGUGUGUGUGUUUCUGCAUGUGUUUGCGUGCACUGCUUCCCAAAUUCUGCCAGAUUCGCAACAAUUUAAAACUUUUUUAAUGGUUCCUAUAAUUGUAGAACUACUUGAUGACGUAUAGUUUCUUUAUGAUUGCGUAGUAUCAAAUCCUCCUUCAUACCUGAAAUUACUUGAAGUGUGUGCCUGGAGUAAUAAACGCCCUUUAUGAUGUGAGGGAUCAAAGUUCAA